GCAUGCUGUACGUCGGGCCCUGCGCCGACGUCAAGCGCGCCGGCCUCGGCCUGCACAUCCUCAUCAACUUCCUCGCCACCUUCCUGCUCGGGGCCAGCAACUUCUGCAUGCAGUGCCUAACCUCGCCCACGCGUGCCGAGGUCGACGCCGAGCACGCCCGCAGGCAGUGGCUUGAGAUUGGCAUUCUCAGUCUGCGGAAUCUGCGCGCCAUCGACCGCGCGCGCGUGUGGCUGUGGGCCAUGCUGGCCCUGAGUUCCUUUCCAAUCCACCUGAUGUUCAACUCGGCCGUCUUUGUGAGCUUGACAGCCAAUGAAUACACGGUUGCCGUGGCCACCCAAGAUUUUGUCGACGGCGCCAACUUUACUUUGCCUAUUGCCGACCCCGUGGCAAUGGAUCUUCUGUGGUCCAUGCAGCAGAACCUGUCCACCUACGAGCGCUUGGACCCCAUCGCAUGCAUUCAAGCAUAUGGCGUCGACUUCCUGUCGGACCGCCGGCACGUUCUGGCUGUUGUUUUGAUGCCCCAUGACGCCGGAAGCGGCGACGAAGGCGCCAACGAGAAACGAGACGACGGUGACGGUGAUGCCGGUGACGGUGGCGGCGACAGCCCAAGCAACAGCACCGACACGGGGCCGCUGGUGGGGUACCUGGACUGGACGUACGACGCGGUGCAGAACUCGUGGGUGUGCGGGACGUCGGUCGACGGCAGCGGGGUGCUGGUGCCCGAGGACAUCAACGACUUCGACUGCGACGUCGGCGAGGCGCUGAGCGACCUGCCCAUCACGUUUGGCGACUGGCAGCUGGACCACUGCCUCAGCGAGCGCGUCGUCGACCGUUGCCGGCUGCAGUUCUCGCUGCCCAUCAUGUUUGUGGUGAUUGCGUGCAACGCCGUCAAGCUCGUCGCCAUCCUCGCCACGCUGCUGCGCAAGCAGUCGCCGCUGCUGACCCUGGGUGAUGCCAUCGCCAGCUUCCUCGAGCGGCCUGACCCUACCACCCGCGGCAUGGGCACUGCUUCGAUUGCCGACUUCAGGGCUGGCCGUUGGCGCGACGACCCCCUGCCCCAGCGCUGGGAGUACAAGCGCCACUUUCGCUGGGAGGCCGUCGGGCUCUGGCGCUGGGCUGCGACCAAUGGCUUUGCCUUCGCCACCCUCUGCAUCUUCGCCGCACUCCUCUACGAAGCCAUCAACACCACCACGACCAACCCUGACCUAGCCACAUGGUGGGGCCUCGGCUUCGGCGCCGUCACGGCGUCCUCCCUAGUCCGCUGGCCAGCAAACCAAACCGCGACCGGCAACGCGGGGCUGCUGCGCAACGUGCUCCUCGCCAACGUGCCCCAGCUGCUGCUGUCAGCCCUCUACCUCGCCUACAACGCCGCGUACACGUGCAUGGCGUUCGCCGACGAGUACGCGCGCUACUUUGCCACGCGGCGCGGGCUGCGCGUCACGAACCCGCUGCCUAAGGCCGAGGGCAACGAUAACGCGCAGCGCUCAACCAGCUUCCUCACGCUGCCGUACCGCUACGUGGCCCCGCUGCUGCUCACCAGCGGCGGCGCGCACUUUUUGCUCUCGCAGGCGUUUUUCCUCGUCGCGGUCGACGUGUUCGGCCCCGAUGGCGACCCGGACCCGCAGCGCGCGAUCCUGACGGUCGGCUUCUCGCCCAUUGCCAUGGUGAUCUUGUUCAUCGCGCUGGCCGUGGCCCUGCUGCUCGCGCUGCUGCUCGGCUGGCGCCGCUUGCGUGUCGGCAUGCCGCUAGCUAGCCCGUGUUCGGCGGCGAUCAGUGCCGCGUGCCAUGUUGCCGCCGGCGAGAGCGGGGCGGAGGCGGCGCGGCGGUUGAUCAGGUGGGGCGUUGUUGGCUCGGAGGGUGGCGUCGGGCAUCUUUCGUUUAGUGCCGAGCCGGUGAGCGAGCCUGUUCCGGGGCGGUUGUAUCGGUAGGCAGUUGGUGUGAUUCUGCAAGUGAUUAUUUGUAUUUGUGUGAUGGGAGUUGGCUGUAUGGGGUUGUGGUUGUUCGGGGUUGCUUGUGUUGUUCGGGGUUGUUUGUGUUCAUGCGUGGAGUUGGGAACUGGGGGAUGGAAGGGACUUAGCAUGGUGCCGUAGUUAAUCUCUAGGCAUAGGAAAAAGGCUUCAUGGGUG